CGCAGAUAAUAAAGACGGUUAGACAGAGCACAAAACAAAGAAGCCUCCAUGAAACACAAGGCCUAAGAGGAAAGUGAUGGGAAUAUGAUCAAGCCUUGUUAAUUCUGCGCAUGUUAAUGGCAAUAGAGGCAAUGCCCAUUUCAAUUAUACCAACAAAUGAAACCUGUCACGAACAACUAGAAGAUGGAUAUAGAAAACCCGCCAUCAAGAACUUCAGAGCAGAAAAACAAUACUGUGGAGGCCUAUAAUGGAGGUUUAAAUCCACCAGAUGAGAAAAUCCAGCAUGCCCUAUUCACCGGUCCCACAAACUUGGAGACCGAAAUCGAAAUGAUAAAUUUGUUCCAGAAUCCAACACCGAGUUUGUCUGGGAAUGUGAAUUCGCCUUCACAAUCAAAUUCCAAUAUGGAGGGACUCUUCAGGGCUUCUAUGCCCAGAGCAGUGUCGCCAACCAGUGAGCCCCUCUUGCCUUCGACCAACAGCCAAUCUAGUCGCUCUUCUUCUCAGAAGGAGGACAGUGAAGGACUAGUGUUCAACCAGACUCUGCCUCAAACUUCUCAGAGGUCAAAAUUGACGGGCAUCAGAGCCAGCGCUAAAGCUAGCAUUAUUAACCUGUGUGAAAAAAAAGAAGAAGAAGAGGAAGAAGAUCCAUUCAAGGAUAAUGACAUCCCAGAACAGUUCAGGCGAGAUAAGAUGGGUUUCUUACGUUGUUUCCAGUGGGUUAGCCUUAUUGUUAUUGCCAUUGUAUUUGUUUUGAGCCUCACAGUAAAAAGCUUCAAGGAUAAGACCUUGUUGGAUCUUCAUGUGUGGAAAUGGUGCUUGUUGGUGAUGGCUCUAUUCUGUGGAAGGCUGGUGGCUGGUUGGAUUGUACAUGUUAUUGUGUUUUUUGUGGAGAGGAGCUUUUUGCUAAGGAAGAGGGUGCUUUACUUUGUGUUUGCUUUGAGAAUGGCUGUGGAGAAUUGUUUGUGGUUGGGUCUGGUUCUCAUUCCAUGGCAUGUUCUGUUUGUCCACAAAGUUCAGUUGCAGAUGCCAGAGAGUCGGUCUUUACCUAUUAUUAACAAGGUCCUGAUCUGCUUGCUGGUGAGCAACAUUUUAUGGGUGGUGAAAAUCUUGGUAGUCAAGGUUAUGGCAUGCAACUUUCAUGUAACGGCUUAUUUUGAUCGGAUACAAAACUGCAUCGUUAAUCAGUAUCUUCUUGCAGCACUCACUGGCCCUCCACUGAUUGAAAUAGAGAGACAGCAUAAAAGGGCUCAAAACUUUGCUCAGCAUCAAGAAGCAGCCAAGCCAAAUGAAGCAUGGACGAACUUGACCUCAGAUGCCUUUAAUGAAAACCCUGUUCAAAAAAGACGUAGUAGAUUUGGUAGGAUGAAAUCGAUCAUAAACGAGGAGGAGCCUGAGAAGGAGGAAACAACUACAUAUGAAGGAAUCAGAGUCGAGGAUCUGCAGAAGCUCAACCAGAAGAAUAUCUCUGCGUGGAAUAUGAAGAAACUGAUGACAAUUUUCAAACACCAUGGAGAGCUUUCUCUCUUUGAUGAAUCAUACCAAGAAGCUCCUAAUGAAGAAAAGUAUUUUGAAUGGAAGGCAAAAAAAGCCGCCUCAAGCAUCUUCCACAACGUAGCCAGGCCUGGUGAAAGCCACAUAUAUCUAGAGGACUUGAUGAGAUUCCUUCCAGAAGAUCUAGCAAGAAGGGCAAUAGCCCAUUUUGAAGAUGCCAAAGACAUAAAUAAAGUCACUAAGAAAGCUCUCAAGGCCUGGGCAAUGAAAAGUGUUUUCAGAGAAAGAAAAAUGCUUUCCCGCACCAUGAAUGACACAGAUUCCGCCGUGAACAAUUUGAAUAUGAUGGUGGAUGUGUUGGUAGGAACAAGCAUUGUACUAAUGUGGCUUCUCCUACUCGGAAUCAUUACAUCACACAUUAUAGUAUUUGUAGUUUCUCAAAUAAUGCUGUUCACAUUUUUGUUUCAAGAAACCUGCAAGACGGUUUUCGAAUCAAUAGUUUUUCUGUUCGUGACACACCCUUUUGAUAUUGGUGAUCGGUGCACCAUAGAUGGAGAGGAGUUUAUUGUGAGUGAGAUGAACAUCUUAUCAACGGUGUUUCUGAAACUCAAUAAUGAGAAGGUAUGGUAUCCCAAUGCCUUGCUUGCCAAAAAACCUAUAGGCAACUUUUUCAGAAGUGAUGACAUUGGAGAUGAGGUAGAGUUCGCCAUUCAUAUUACAACACCAGCCGAGAAGAUAUCUGAGAUGGCCAAAAGAAUGGACAGCUAUGUAAAGAGAAAGGAACAUCACUGGCACCCACAGUCAAUGGUUGUGGUGAAAGAGAUCUAUGACAUGAAUAAGAUGAAGAUGGCAUUGUGGGUGAAACACACAAUAAACUGUCAAGAGAGAGCUUUGAGAUUUGAGCGGAGGACUCAAUUGAUUUAUGAAAUGAUCAGAAUUUUCAAGGAGUUGGAUAUUGAAUAUCGGCUAGUACAGAUGGAUGUCAAUCUCCGAAAAAUCUCCAAUUUGAACAGCCUCCCCUCCUUAUGGGCCACGUAAGAAACACUCUAUCUAUAGAUUUCAGAAUUUUGCAGGUAAAUAUAUAAUAUGUUUUUGGUUUCAAGCAUUUUGAAUGUGGACUUCAAUGCCCCUCUUGGAAGGAAUAUUGGCGAAACUCCUCUCCUUCCUUUCUAAAUUCCUUCAUUGUGAGUGUUUCAGUUAAUGUUAAAAAUUUCCUUGUAGUGUUCAAGGAGUGAAGUUUAAUAUUUAUCGUUCUGAAUA